UGAUGGUGUCUUUGUAACAUAAGAGUUUUUUCAUUUUAAUGAAGUCUAACCUCCCAUUUAUGUGUGUUAAUGGUCGCAGAUGGUUUUUGUUUGUUGCAUACAGAUGUCCAAGUCUCCUGGCUCCAUUUGCUGGAAGGAUUUGGGCCGGUACUAUACCUGUGAGCAGCAGAGCAGGCUGUACAAACACAGGGCCAGGACGCGCUGUCCGCAGUCAGACUGCAGGCAGUUGAGCCGGCGGUGACGAGAGUGUUGAUGCUCCAUGGUGAACAGAAAAAAGAUGGCCCGAUUACCCAGGGCCUUGGUCUCCAGCCCGUUCCUUUUGGAGACGAUUUCUUCUCCAGCUUCUCUCGGCGGGACUACAAUUCCCAGAAUGCACCGCGCGGCCUGCCGUCCGCCGCGGGAGGGGAAACCGGCGAACCUGGAAGUGUGGCUGCGAGGGAAGCGCUCCCGCGGGCUCUGAUUUCAAUAUCGACUUCUUAAGGCCUCGGCGCGAGGGUCCAGCUGGUGGAACGGCGAGCGGUGGAACUCCUCUCUGAGACACGCCUCUGCCUUCCUCCCCGGCCUGUGGGGAAUCGUUUAUUUUUCGAGUUUCCCGCGGGGGAGUGUGCCUCCAAGGCCACCAACAGCAGCUGAGAGUCUGGCCGGCCCGGCCAACUAGAGGCGGCGAGGCCCCCUCCAGGUCUCCGGGCCCAGCCAUGUCCCAUCAGACCCCUCUGGGCUCCUCAGGGCCACAAGCCAACUGCCUGGGCCUGUGGAGGGAGAAGAACGACCAGCUAGUUCGACAGGCCAAGGUGGCUGAGCACCUGGGCCUGUCACCCAGGCGACAGAAGUUGGCUCAAGAUGCGCUGGAAGGGCUCAGAGGACUCCUCCACAGUCUGCAGGGACUCCCUGCAGCUGUUCUUGUUCUCCCCUUGGAACUGACUGUCAUCUGCAACUUCAUUACCCUGAGGGCCAGCCUGGCCCAGGGCUUCACUGAGGACCAGGCACAGGAUAUCCAAAGGGGCCUGGAGAGAGUGCUGGAGACCCAGAAACAGGUGGGGCCCAAGCUAGAAUGUGGGCUCGGGCUCAGGGGCCUGUGGAACUCCGUCCUCCAUGCUGCCUCCCUUCCGCCGGAGCUGCUCCCUGCCCUGCACCACCUGGCUGGCCUGCAGGCUGCCCUUUGGCUGAGCACGGACCAUCUUGGGGACCUGACCCUGCUGCUGCAGACCCUGAAUGGCAGCCAGAAUGGGUCCUCUGAGGAUCUGCUGCUCCAUCUAAAAACUUGGAGCCCCCCAGCUAAGGAACCAGAUGACCCACACACCCUGCAGGGUGCCCAAGGCUUGAGGGAUGUUCUUCUGACAGCAUUUGCCUACCGCCAAGGCCUCCAGGAGCUGAUCGCAGGAAACCUGCCCAGGGCACUGAGCAGCCUGCAUGAAGCAGCCUCAGGUCUAUGCCCACGGGCUGUGCUGGUCCAGGUGUACACAGCGCUGGGGACCUGUCUCCGAAAGAUGGGCAACCCACAGAGAGCUAUGCUAUACUUGAUUACAGCCCUGAAGGGGGGAUUAAUCUGUGGUCCCCCGCUUCUGGAGGCCUCUAGGCUGUAUCAGCAACUGGGGAACACAGCAGCAGAGCUGGAGAGUCUGGAGCUUCUGGUUGAGGCCCUGAGUGUCACUCCUAGCUCUGAAGCCCCCCGUUUUCUUAUUGAGGUAGAGCUGCUACUCCCACAACCUGACCCAGCCUCCCCCCUUCGCUGUGGCACACUGAGCCAGGUCAAACACCUGCUAGCAAGCCGAUGUCUGCAGACGGGAAGGACAGAGGAUGCUGCCGAGCAUUACUUGGAUCUACUGGCCCUGUUGUUGGAUGGCUGGGAGCCAAAGUUUUCUCGGCUCCCCUGCCCUCAAGGACUGUGCAUGCCUGAGAUAUUCUUGGAGGCAGCAGCAGCACUGAUCCAGGCAGGCCAAGCUCAGGAUGCUUUAACCAUAUGUGAGGAGCUGCUACGCCGAACAUCAUCUCUGCUUCCAAAAAUGCCCUGGCUGUGGAAAGAUGCCAGAAAAGGAACCAAGGAGUCACCACACUGCCCACCCUGGGUCUCUGCCGCCUACUUGCUUCAGGGACAAGCCUGGGUGCAACUAGGAGACUCGAAACAAGCAAUUAGUGAAUUUAGCCGGUGCCUUGAGCUGCUCUUCCGGUGCAUACCUAAGGAUAAAGAACAAGGGCCUGCUUCCAACUGUGAACAGGGGUGGUGUAUGUCAGACGAGGCACUACAACAGCUUCGGGCAGCUGCCCUGAUUAGUCGUGGACUGGAAUGGGUGGCCAGUGGCCAGGAUACCAGAGCACUACAGGACUUCCUCCUCGGUGUGCAGGUGUGUCCAGGUAAUGGAGACGCUUCACUUCACCUGCUUCAGACUCUGAGGAGACUGAAUCGGAGGGAUGAGGCCACUGCUCUUUGGCGGAAGCUGGAGGCCCAAACUAAGUUGCCACAGGAGAACGCUACAUGGUCUCUCCCCCUGUACCUUGAAACCUGUUUGAGCUGGAUUCGUCCUCCUGACCAUGAAACCCUUCUUGAAGAUUUUCGGACAUCUCUGCUGGAGCCUUGUAACCAGUAGUUGCCAAGUUUAGAAGAAUCCGAGCUGGGGUCCUAGUGGGCCAUCUUUCUGUGGGGAGGGCUUUCUGCUUUACCCUCCUUGGGGAAUGUGUCUGGAGCUGACCAUUCCCAUAUAAGUCCAGCUUUUGAAAGGUUGAUGAUAUUCCUGAAAAAAAUUUUGACCUAGUUAUUGCCAUCUGGUUCCUGAGAUACCCCUCCCCCCAACAAGGCAUUGACUUUGCUCAAAGCACCUUUUCCCCUGUUUCCCCUUUGCUUGUGUUGAGUAAAAUCUCAUAUCUA